CAGGGGCCUCGGGGUGGCACCUCGGCGCUGCGAAUUUUCCGAUCUGGAAAGAAUGUGGGGCGGGAUCUUUUAGAAUUUCUGAAUUUCCAAAGCUACGUACAAACCUUGUCCCACCAGACACCUGACAAGGCAGAACUCUACCAAGUGAAAACAGCUUCACACAACGGCAUAUCCUUUCAAAAUUUAGUACACGAGCUGGAUAUUGCCUGGGUACCAUUCGAUACAGCAUACAAAGCUCACGAGAGCUAUAAGAACUGUCAAAAAUGGCGUUAAAUCUCGACUUGCAAAAUGCUGCUGUCAUGAAAGAUGAACAGGGGCGACCUUUUAUCAUUGUCAGAGAUCAAGGCAAGAAGAAGCGCCAAUAUGGCAAUGAAGCUGUUAAAUCGCACAUCCUCGCCGCUCGAACCGUUGCAAAUAUCGUCAAAACUUCCCUGGGUCCUCGCGGUCUCGAUAAGAUCCUAAUUUCCCCCGAUGGAGACAUCACGGUAACCAACGAUGGAGCUACCAUCCUACAACAGAUGGAUAUCUCCAAUCACGUAGCGAAGCUUCUCGUCGAAUUAUCCAAGUCUCAAGACGACGAGAUUGGUGACGGAACAACGGGUGUCGUUGUCCUAGCCGGUGCUCUCCUGGAACAGGCUGCCGAACUCAUAGACAAGGGCAUCCACCCUAUCCGAAUAGCAGAUGGCUACGACCAAGCCUGUGAUAUUGCAGUGGCCGAGUUAGACCGUAUAUCAGAUACCAUUGAGUUUAGCCGGGAAUCGACGGAGAACUUAGUCAAGGUAGCUCGGACGAGUUUAGGCAGCAAAAUCGUGUCCAAGGCCCACGACCAGUUUGCCAACAUUGCUGUGGAUGCUGUCCUAUCGGUCGCCGACCUUGAGCGGAAAGAUGUUGAUUUCGAGUUGAUUAAGGUGGACGGCAAGGUUGGUGGUGCGUUGGAAGAUACCAUUCUGGUUAAGGGUGUGAUCGUCGAUAAAGACUUCUCACACCCCCAAAUGCCCUCCGAAGUCAGAGACGCCAAGAUCGCCAUUCUCACAUGCGCCUUCGAGCCGCCGAAGCCCAAGACUAAGCACAAGCUGGAGAUUACGUCGGUCGAGGAAUUUAAGAAGCUGCAAAACUACGAGCGGGAGAAGUUUGUGGAGAUGAUCCAGCAGAUCAAGGAUACCGGAGCUAAUCUAGCUAUCUGCCAGUGGGGUUUCGACGACGAGGCCAACCACUUAUUAUUACAAAACGAAUUACCCGCCGUAAGAUGGGUAGGCGGCCCAGAGAUCGAACUUAUUGCCAUCGCCACGAAUGGUAGGAUAGUACCUCGAUUUGAGGACCUGAAGCCGGAGAAGCUAGGUAAAGCUGGUGUUGUACGGGAAAUGACAUUCGGCACGACGAGAGAGAAGAUGCUCGUUAUCGAGGAGUGCGCCAACACAAGAGCCGUGACCGUGUUUGUUCGAGGAAGUAACAAGAUGAUCAUCGACGAAGCUCGACGGUCCCUCCACGAUGCUCUCUGCGUUGUACGAAACCUAGUCCGCGACAACCGCGUCGUGUACGGCGGUGGCGCCGCGGAAAUCGCCUGCUCGCUAGCGGUCGAGGACGCGGCUGUCAAGACGCCCGGGCUGGAGCAGUACGCCAUGCGGGCGUUCGCUGAGGCGCUCGACGCGGUGCCGAUGGCGCUCGCGGAGAAUAGCGGACUAAACCCGAUCGCGACGCUCGCCGAGGUCAAGUCCCAGCAGGUUAAGGCUGGAGCCGAGGGCCGGGGCAAGCUAGGCGUCGACUGCAUGAACCGCGGCAGCAACGACAUGAAGCAGGCCUUCGUCAUCGACCCCCUCAUCGGCAAGCGCCAGCAGCUCAUGCUCGCCACCCAACUGUGCCGCAUGGUCCUCAAGGUUAACAACGUUAUCGUUAGCGGAUCUGGGGAUCAGGACUAUUAAAUUUAAUGCGGUAGUACCGGGAACUAGGGGUAGGAUAAAAUAAAAACUCGUCUGUCCCGUUCGCCUGUUGGCGUUGACCUAGAUCUAGAUUUCAACCUCGAGGUGCCAGUGCUUGAUGUGGUUCUCGUAGAGGGGAGAAAGAAGAGAGCACGUUGUUUAGUGUUGUAGAUAUGAAUAGUACCUGAUACGUGCUUGUGGAAUGGCGGUUAAAAAGGCUAACAAUGUCAAAGAUGAGAUACUAUACGAUAUACGUACCUCUCUAUACCUUCCUACGUAGGAAGGUAUCCUUCUCUUAGACAGCUGAGACCUACAAGAACAAGAAAUAAACGAAACGGGAAAAAAAGAACUUACUGCCUCAUAUGAACUAAUUUAGGUACCUGGUAGCUAUUAUCAUUCUGUGUUCUUAGAUACGUAGGUAGGAGGUAGGUACCUAACCUAAU